AUGGUGGUGCUGCAGAAAUGGCUUCUGUCUGUGGGAGACAUGAUGGGUGCUGUGAAAAUGAUGGCGGUAGCCUCCGUGGAGGUCGCCGCUGCCUCCGUGGGGGACAGUGCGAUUGCUGCUUCGGUCAGGGUGCUGGAGGAGGAGCUGCAGGUGGGGGAGGAGCCUAAGGCCCUGGAGGAGGAGCUACAGGUGGGGGAGAAGGGAGUCGUGCCUGCAGAGGCCGUGGCUACCCCCGUGGGGCAGCCUGAGGAUGUUCCAGCGGAGGUGGCGGGUGAGGCCGCCACCCUUGAAGAGGUCACAGUAGUAACAGAGCCCCCCGCCACGGCGGAGGCUCCACCCGUGGAGGUGGAGGCAGAGAUGGAGGCAGGAGCAGCGGCCGGUUCUGAUGAAGGUCCUGGAGAGGAGAUCCAGGCGGGAGUGUUGGAGGUGGCCCCAGAGCCUGCUGUCCCCUCGGAGGACACGGACACGAUCCCGCUGCUGGAGGGGACGAGCGACGUCCUGGCACAUCGCUCUCUGGAGGCGGUUGCCGAGGAGACGCUAGCCGCCGUGGCGACAGAGCAUGAGUCAGCGGCUGCACAGAAAGCUGAACAGGCCGAGGAUUCUGCCCCGUCGGGAGAGGAGGACUCCCAGGCCGAAGAGCCGGCCGUUGCCACGGCAGCGGAGGUAGCCGGGGCGGAGGAACCGUCUGACCUUGGCGGGGAGAGAGGCGGCAUUCCCAUCGCCAUGCCGACUCUUGCCAUCACACUGCCCUCCCCAGCCCUGCACGAGCUGCACCUGGAGCCUACGGCGGGCCCUGCGGCAUGGGCUGCGUCUGGCGCAGAAGCAGCGCCCCCUGCUGGGCUGGAGGAUCAGGUUGCAGAAGACGUGGUGGCGGGGGAAGAGAGCACCGUGAAGCCCAGCCCGGUGGCGGAGCAGCAGGAGACGGCUCUGCUGGAGGACCCCCACCUCGGUGGCGGAGCAGCAGGAGACGGCUCUGCCGGAGGACCCCCAGCAGGCUGA